AUGGCUAAUUCAACUACAAAUAAUACGAAUAAUGAUAGUCGUAUCCCUUCCGUGAUGAAAGCUGCUCAACAAAGUGGUUUUGGAGAUGUACGUGAUGUUCUUACGCUUGGCGAGAAUGUAUCUGUACCUCGUCAAUUAUCAUCUAAACAAAUUCUUGUUCAAGUUUAUGCUGCUGCAAUCAAUCCAGUUGAUUGGAAAAUUUUAAAUGGAAGAUUAUCACUUGUUACUCGAUAUUCAUUUCCUCAUACACCAGGUACUGAUGUUGCUGGUGUCGUUGUUGCUAUCGGUUCAGGAGUAAAACGUCUUCGAGUUGGCGAUAAAGUUUAUGGAGAUCUUGGAAUUCAUGGUGGUAGUUAUGCUGAAUAUGUUCGUGGAGACGAAUCAUUAUUUACAUUGAAACCAAAUAAUUUAACAAUGGAAGAAGCAGCUGCUGUACCUUUAGCAUGUGACACCAGUUAUCAAGCAUUGUUUAAAAAAGCUUCACCUCCUAUUGGAACAGGAAGUAAAAUAUUAAUCUGUGGUGGUAGUACAGCAACUGGUUUAUAUGCAAUUCAAUUAGCUAAAGCAGUUGGUGCUAAUGUUACCGCCACAUGUUCACAAAGAAAUUUUAGUCUGAUGGAAAAACUUGGAUAUACAAUAACACAAACAAAUCAAAAUUAUGAUCUUGUAUACGAUUGUGUUGGUGGUGAACAACAAUGGAUAUCAGCACAAAAAAUAUUAAAACGAGGUGGUCAAUUUAUUACUAUUGUUGGUGAUGAUACCUCAUCUAUUAUUUCAUUGAAAACAUUGGUUAUAGCUGGUUCCAGUUUGGUAAAUCGAAAAUUUUGGUCUGUUUUUGGUUCAGCUCAUCAUGGUUAUAUACGUCAUUUAUUAAAUGAAAACUUUCAAGACCUUGAUGAUAUUCGAACAAAAUAUAUUGAAACAGGCAAAGUUAAACCAUUAAUUGAUACAGUAUUUGAUUGGCGAAAAGAUGGUGUAGAAGCUUUAUAUUCACUUUAUGAAAAAUCCAAAAGUGGAAAAGCACAAGGAAAGUUAAUUCUUAAAAUAGCUGAUGAAGAAUAA